GCUGCGUGAAUUUCGCCUAUAAAUGCUGAAACAGACGAGCAUAUACCAUAGUCGACAUCUGACAGUUUCUACAGUAUAGUUGCAGUGUUCAGUGAAAGAUAUUCAAUUAAGAUAUUCCUAGCGUUCAGACGUGUGCCCUGGUAAGUUUUAUAUCGUUCAGAAGUGUGCUCUGUUGAGUGAUAAAUUUGAAUAUUUUUGAUUUUGUCGAAAACAAUUUUUUGAAAUUUUUAAAACAUAUUUAGAGUUUGGGUUCUAAAUUUUUGAAUUCUAAGUUUUGAAUAUUUAUUAUUAUUUUAUUACUUAGUGUUGUUUGAUUUGGUCAGUUUUUUUUUAAUAAUUUCUCAUCCUUUAAUAACGAAAACAUGAACAAAUUCUUAGUCACUAAAGAUACAUCUAAGAAAAUUCGUAAAUUUGGCCUCCAGGGACGAACUCUGGAAUUUAAAAUCAGGGAUGUGCCGCAGAGUGAGGAACCUGUGGGAUGGGUAAAGAAGGCCAUCGAGGGGAUUGUACUUAAGGGAACAGAAGGUUUGGAACCAACCGAUCAGGUCGGUUUCACUUUUUGCUCGAAAGACUUUGCCAGAGGUCAGGGUUGGAUGAGGUUCAGGCCUGCCUGUGAAGUGACCGUUGAUGAUAUAUGGGAUAAGAUUAGUUCCAUAUAUCAGAGUAAUAGCGCUGGCCUCAAUACCGAGACAUUUUGUUUGGGUAUUACGACGGUAAAAAUGCCCGCAGGAAAAGGUCGGGGAUAUAAUUAUAACUCCUUUAACGAAGAGUGUUUGAAACGACGAGGAAUUAUUGUUAUUAAAAACAAGGAUAACCUUUGUUUACCUCGUGCUCUUGUGGUUGCUAAAGCUCACGUAGAUAAGGACCAAGAAUGGAAGCAGGUACGUCAAGAUAUUGGAAAAAAACAAGGACAAAGAGCCCAUCAACUGAUUGAAGCCUCUAACGUAACAAUUCCUGCCGAAGGGGCUGGAAUACCCGAACUUCAACAGUUUCAGGGAUACCUCAUAGAUUACAAAAUUGUGGUGUAUUGUUAUGGCAGCAAGGGUCGUGACGUUAUGUUCUGUGGUAAUACUAAUGGUCCCGCAUUAAAUCUUUUGUAUCACGAAGGACACUUCAACGUGAUCACCUCGUUGACAGCUGCUUUUUGUUGUAUUUAUUAUUGUGAGGAGUGCCACCAGCCGUUUAACAACAAAAACGACCACAGGUGUGGUGGUACAUGUUUUAGUUGUCGGCGUUCACCAGCUUGUUCCAAGGAUGUUGUUAAAAUUCCUUGUAGUGAGUGUGGGCGAACCUUUUACGGUGGGGCAUGUUUCAAUGCUCACCUAGGAUCGGUCUGUGAGAAAAUCAAAAGGUGUAAGACCUGUUACAAGAUCUACACCAAAAGUCAUGUCUGUGGUGAGGUCUUCUGUAAAACUUGUAAGAAAAAUUGUCCGUCAGAUCAUCUUUGUUACAUACAGCCCGAUUCUGGUAGGCCACCGUCAAAAGAUUUUCUAUUUAUAUUUUAUGAUUUGGAAACUCGUCAAGAAACGGUAAUGCCUGAUGGUUCACUUCUUCAAGAACCUAACCUCUUUGCUCGUUACUUACUAGAAGGUGGGGCAACAAUCGCUUGUUCUAUGCUAUCACAAAUAUAUAUUGAAUCAACAUCACAUUUGAUUCCUCUGAGGAAAUUUGGUGGUUGUAGGCCUCUAGGGGAUGGUGUCCACGAUAAAACACCAACGAGGUAUGUGUUGUACCUCAUGGGUGCCUUGGAAAUCAACACGAGUAACCUUUGUUUCAGAUUAUCCUUGAAAAAAAUCAGCACGCAAUUUGGAGCUAUGUUAGCUUUAACGUGA